AUGGCUAAGGGUGCUGAUGUGUCAGUACAUGUACUUAAGUUGAUCAAUUUAAUUGAGCGACUUGAGAUUAAGUGUACACUAGCUGAGCUCCUUAAUCAAAUAGUGACAGCUCAGAGAACUAUGCAGGGUAAAGGUAAAGAGACUGCUCUUGUCAUUGCUUCGACUUGUAAGGCUAAGUCAAAGAUAAGCGCAAAGAGAAAAUCUUCGACUAAAUCCACUGGUAGCGUAUUCAAGACUAAAGGCAAAGGAAAGGGCAAGGAGUUACUUCAUUACUAUAUUGAUGAUUUAUCACUGUAUGGGUAUUUGUACCUUAUGAAGUACAAGUCAAAAUCUUUUACAGAGUUCAAAGAAUUCAUGGCUAAAGUAGAGAAUCAAACAGGCCUAAGUAUUAAAGCCCUUGAAUUUGAUCGAGCUGGUGAAUAUUUAAGCAGUGAGUUUGAACAAUUUCUAAAGGAACAUGGCAUUGUUUCACAACUUACACCCCUUGGAACACCAUAA